GCCGCGCGAAUCUGCAGUCCGUGCUUGUUUAAAAGUCUAUUAAUAUUCGCCUAACAGUGUAAAACUGCGCUAGAUUUGAGAAAUGAAGAUUACAAUAAAGCUUUCAACGUAGCGUAACGUCCUUAAACAACAUUUCUAAUAAUCUGGUUAUCGCCAUACUUUUUUAGUGGAGUGAAUUGUACAUUACUCAUGUUGCCCAUCCACAACAAAAAUGACGAAAUUGCUACCGAUUCAAGGUGAAAGGUAUGGACAAAACUGGAAUUAUGAAGGCCUUCACCUGAUCGCAAAGGGCGCCUUUGGCCAAAUUUAUAAAGCAAAACUUAUCGAACCGGGGAAUUCUCUGAAUGCAGAUUUCAUCGCUCUCAAGGUGGUUCACUUCAAGAACGAGGAGGUCCUAUCUGACGAAUCUGCCCGGGAGAAAAUGCGCAAACGAUUUCAAAGACUACUGGAAAUUAAGCACCACUGCCUUGUUGUGUAUCAUCAAAUUACCAUCGACUCGACAACAUCACCGACUAGUUUCACUGUACAUUUACUGAUGGAAAACUGCUCCGGCGGAGAUCUGGCUGGGCGUUUGCAGAAAGUGAAAGCUACGCGGACAAAUGCGCGCAGCAAUCUGCCGGCGCGGAUAACCCUUGAUCUGCGAACAGCUGUUUGUUAUGCACAGCAAAUAGCCGAAGGACUGCAAUGCCUCCAUAGAAACUGCAUUAUUCAUGGGGAUCUCAAGCCAGGCAAUGUACUGAUACGGGUUGUGCGGGAUGAAGCGGGAAUUCAGGAACAACUGGUAAUCGGUGAUCUGGACGAUUUCAUACAGAUGCAGAAUAACACGACAUGCUCCAAAGACGUUAGUACGACCCACACAUGCGGCACUUUACGCUACAUGUCACCGGAAAUGCACUGGAAGAUGUCACAAACUCCUACCGUCAGUCCGGGCCGCAAAGUAGAUAUCUGGAGUUUGGGCUGCAUUAUGCUAGAAAUGGUCAACUGCAUUCUAGGCAUCGACCAAUUAUGGUUGCGUAAUGUGAAAUCAUCAGCCGAUAAAAAACGAGGCGACAAUGUGGAAGACUAUAGCUACGCGCUACUGGUUUGCGCUGGUUAUGUUCCCAUUGUGCCGAAAGAGACGCCGGCUGCGUUUGCUGAUUGCAUUUGCCGAUGUCUGUCCUUCCCCAGUGAACAAAGACCCAGAGCUGCGGAAGUAAUGGAAAUGCUGCACGAUCCAGACGUUCUACAUAAAAUGCAGUCUGCAACAUCAGACAGCUGUAAAUGUUCCUUAGUCUGAAAUGUUUUCUAGAGUAGCCAAGGUCAAAUGGACCAUGAAUCAUCGUCGUGUCGGUUUGCAUAAGUAAAGUAUACGAUUAUGGAACAAAACAGCAGUACAUAACUCUUACAA